AUGGUUCUGACAGCUUGUGGUUGGUGCCUUUUUGUUCAAGGCUCAAUGAUUCCUUCCCAAGCGGAGUCAUCUCCACACCCAAGUACUCCAAUGGAGCCAUGCAUGGAGCCAUGUGCAUCAUUUCAGAGCUCAGACAGCGGAGCCUCGUUCAACAGCGCCAAAGGGAAGGGAGAGAGUGACAGAGCUCAAUCAAGCCCUUCCAAGCCCAAGAAGAAGUUCAUCAAAUCGUCGACUGCCACGCGAGAUCUCGAGCGUGAGUCGGUCAAGCAUAAAAAAGGAAUUGGAGGACGGCUGAUCAAGCUGCUGGCCAAGUGCUUGGAAUCCACUUGCGUCGAUCUUCUCUCUGGCGUGGUUGUUUUGACCGACAUGGUUCUCACUUGCGUGGACAUCGACUUGCGUGCUUCUGGAGCAACUGCUCCCACUUGGGCUUUCCUCACAUGCCAAGGGUGCUUGUGCUUCUACGUGUGGGAAGCAACUGCAGACUUCGCGCUGAAAGGGAAGCAAGUGUUUCGCUCUUUGGAUUGGCUUCUGGACUUUGGAAUCAUCACAGCUUCAUUGACGGAAGUGGUUUUCCUUAUCUUGGGAAGUGCUGUAGAGGAGGUCCGCAUUCUCAAGUUAUUGAGGAUAUGUCGGGUGAUGCGACUCAUCCGCUUUAUUCGCAAAGCUCCAUCAUUGCGAGAGCUACGGAAGCUGAUGAUGAUGUUUGCAAGCGUUAUAAGAACAUUGGCCUGGUCGUUCCUGUUUUGCUUCAUUGCCAUGACUCUUUGGUCAAUGGUUGCUGUCGAAUUGUUGCAUCCAAUAGUUCAAGAACUUUCCGCUGAAGGAGUUUGGAGUGACUGCGAGGGCUGCAAAGAGUCUUUUGCUACCAUCAUGCAAUCCAACUUGACAUUCCUCAAAACAAUGCUAGCUGGAGACAGCUGGGGAGAGGUUGCAGUGCCGGUGAUGAGAAAGCAGCCGCUCACAAUUAUCGUUUUUGCUGGUGCGCUGGUCUUCAUAGUAUACGGGAUACUGAAUUUGAUCGUCGCUGUAAUUGUCGAUGCUGCCGUUGAGCAGCGAGAGAAGGACAUAACCACGCUGGCAGCAGAUUUGGACUACGAACUUGAAGAAGACCUGAAGCUUUUGGGUCGUGUCUUCAAACAGGUUGACCUCAACGAAGAUGGUGAAUUGAGUUUGGAUGAGCUAGUUACAGGGGCAGAGAGUGUGCCGGAGUUUGCAAGCCGCCUUCGUGUCAUGGAUAUUGAUGCUGCAGAGUUGGAGCAGUCUUCUCACAAUGUGCUCUUUUGCAAAGGUUCCGCUUUCAACAUCAUUUCCGAUAUCAUCGCAGAAGCACAGGCAGCAAUCGAGGAAGAUGGAAUUCCUUGGGAGCAGGUCGGGCCGUUCUUCUUGGGGGUCGUGCUUUUGGCGAACGUUGCUCAAUUUGUAUAUCCUUUGAUGGAGGAAGCGAUGGAGGAGGAUGAUUAUGAUCGACUCCCAAUGCCAAGCGACCUGCCAAGCGGCCAAAGGAGAGCACCUCGAAUAGUCCAAGAGGAGGUUGAUUUGAAGCUACCUCCGAAACCAAUGUCUCAGAUAGUGGCUGAAGACGCAGCAAAGAAGGUUGCAAAGAAGCCAGACCAGGCCAUCGAAACGCACUGCCUUUUGGUUUGUGGAGACUGUUGGGAGCUUGGCAGACGGCUGCGACAAGAGUGCCAGUUCCAGCUGCAGAUCCUCAAUGAGCCUGAAACCACAAGGAUUUGGUGCAACGACACCCUCAACGAUUUUGUAGCUUUGCGCUGCACACCUGCGUGUUUGGUCGAUUCGUGGAAGUUUGCCCUCCAGGCAGACGCUUGCAUGCACAAAUGUGGGAACUACAACACAUGCCAAUGCCGAGGGUACAGAGGAAGCACGCUGGAUCCAACAUGCCAUGGCUUCACAUUCAGCGAUGGCUCAGUGAACCCAAGGCCGGAUCUCUACUAUGACUGCGCGUUAACCCCUCCAGACUGCAAACACACCAGCUAUGGUGUGGAAUGCAACACAUACAGAUAUUGCCCUGCCAACAAGUGUUUGAUUGAUGCUCAUGCGUUGACUAUGGAAGUAGAGAGGAGAAUCGACCCUGAAGAUGGCAAGGCUCGGACUUUUGAUGAGCUUUUGCAGCAUUACAAGUCUGUGCGGAUCUCUUUCUUUCUUCAGAGCAGGCAAAGAGACGCUGUCCUUUUGUCAGUACCGACUGAUCCCUUCCUGACUUCUCUUCAGCAGUCAGGGCAAGAUUUCAAGUUGAGACCUGAUCAUGAGCCUCCCACAGAGCCAGCUUCACAGGUCAAUCUUGGUCCAGUGAAGCUAUCGGAAGAUCCAUUUCUCGCUGCGGGCUUCACCGGGCAGGCCAGGAAUGCGACGAAGUACCCAAAUGGUGCACAGCAAUUUCAGCCAGAGGCAUCCAACAAUGCAGCAGUUGCGGAGCUUUGUUUGCACAUGUUGCUAUUCGACGCAGGUCCCGAGAGUGCCGGAAUGGACUUCCCCAGGGUUAAUUACUGGGCUGCACUCUGGCAGCAGAAAAGCCAUGAAGCCAUCGCGUCAACAGAUGUCAGCCCAUAUCAACGCAUCAUGCUUGGAUUUUUCAGGUUCCAAGGUGGUGUAUUGGCCAUUGCGUAUUUGCUGAUUUGCGUUGUCGUAGGCAGCAGCUACAUUCUCACCGUGACCAUGACACAUACCUUGGCUCCUGGCCACAGAACCUGCAACGAUCAAGAUGCAACGACCUACAACGAUACGUGCAUUGAGGGUGUGUGUAUGGGCAUCUUGGAUUCUGGCUAUCAGUAUCAAACAAUGGGUGGCGGGGAAUGUGUGGACCGGCAAAAUAGACGAAUGGCUCGCUACACAGGCGAUGUGCAGGAACAAGCUGAGUGCGAACAGAUUUGCACAGGCGAUCCACAGUGCGCUGGCUAUGCCUAUAGUUUCCCACUGUGUAGCAUUUACGGAACCGUGCGAACCCAUUUGCCUAUGGAGCGGCCAACUUGGUCAUUCCAGGCUGGAACGGAUCCUGUGGCUGUGGUGAUCGAAGCGGCCCUGGACAUGUCACCUGUGCAGCGGCGUUCUAUUUGCCGGAAGAAGGGCGUGGUGGGUGACACCAUCACAUUUGAUUCUGAUAUCCAGGUUUCCGCUGAUGAGUUCUUCUCUCCGGUCAGGAUUGGAAUAUUCUUCUUGAUCAUCUUCGGCUGCUUUUUUGCACUGCCUUUGACUGAUUACAUUUCUCGUCUGCUGAAGUGCAGGCGAGUGCAACAGUUGCCUAAAGAUAAAGACAUGCUGUUAGACAGUCAGGGCACAUGUGGCUUUCGCUUGCAGGAAAGACCCACUUGA